UCCUUUGUAAGGCGCAGCAAAAAAGACAAUCAGAUACAAUAUCAGGGAUCUCCUGGUAAGGCUUCUGGCUACCAUUAGUUCUGACUACUGAGGUUUUGAUGAGAAAAAUGGCUGUGAGUUUUGAAAUGUCUUUGAGAAUUUCUUGGAUUUGUUGCCUGCUAAUUGGAGGGAUAACCUGUUAUCCUCCACCUAAAGGUAAUUUAUAGAUAUAUUCCCCAAAAUCAAGUAAAAGGAACUGGCCACAAUGCAGCGGAAGCUACUGGCUCCCGUGCCUCGACAGGUGAAGCUACCGGCUCCCGUGCCUCAGCAGGUGAAGCAGCCACCCAUAAUGCCUCUGCAAGCGUCACGACUGGCCCAAAUACCUUAGCUGAAGCAACUGGCCACAAUGCUUCAUCAAGCGCCACGACAGUCCCAAAUGCCUUAGGUGAAGCAGCUGGCCACAGUGCCGCGCAAGCGAUCACCCAUAAUGCCUCGGCAAGUAUGGCAACUGGCCCAAAUACCUUAGGUGAAGCAACUGGCCACGGUGCCUCGGCAGCGGAAGCAACUGGACACAGUGCCAUGCAAACGGCCACUCAUAAUGCCUCAGAAGCGGCCAACCACAAUGCCUCUGCAAGCGUCACGACUGGGCCAAAUACCUUGGGUGAAGGAGCCGACUCCCGUGCCUCAGCAGAAGCAGCAACCCAUAAUAUCUCAGCAAGCGUCACGACUGGCCCAAAUACCUUAGCUGAAGCAACUGGCCACAAUGCUUCAUCAAGCGCCACGACUGGCCCAAGUGCCUCAGGUGAAGUAACUGGCCACAGUGCUUCAUCAAGCACCACGACUGGCCUAAAUACCUUCGGUGAAACAACCGGCCACUUUGCCUCGGCAGAGGAAGCAACCGGCCACGGUACCUCAAGUGCGGAAUCUGGUUCAAAUGCCUCGGCAGAAGCGACAGGCGCCCUUGCCUCGGCAGAAGCGACAGGGCCUCAGCCCUUGCCUCGGCAGAAGCGACAGGCGCCCUUGCCUCGGCAGAAGCGACAGGCGCCCUUGCCUCGGCAGAAGCGACAGGCGCCCUUGCCUCGGCAGAAGCGACAGGCGCCCUUGCCUCGGCAGAAGCGACAGGCGCCCUUGCCUCGGCAGAAGCGACAGGCGCCCUUGCCUCGGCAGAAGCGACAGGCGCCCUUGCCUCGGCAGAAGCGACAGGCGCCCUUGCCUCGGCAGAAGCGACAGGCGCCCUUGCCUCGGCAGAAGCGACAGGCGCCCUUGCCUCGGCAGAAGCGACAGGCGCCCUUGCCUCGGCAGAAGCGACAGGCGCCCUUGCCUCGGCAGAAGCGACAGGCGCCCUUGCCUCGGCAGAAGCGACAGGCGCCCUUGCCUCGGCAGAAGCGACAGGCGCCCUUGCCUCGGCAGAAGCGACAGGCGCCCUUGCCUCGGCAGAAGCGACAGGCCUUGAACAGGAGGGCCAACUCCUCAAGCAACAUGGAUAUUAGCAGCAGUGAUGUUUCUCAGGAUUUUGGGUAUGAGGGUGACAAUGAAAGCACCCAAUGUGUCAUCUCCAGCAGCGUUCAAAGCAGCAUCGUUGAACAGUCAAUUCUCGUACUAACAUAGUUACAAAUCGGUGUAUGAGAAGGGCAAUACUGUCUACUCCCAAACCUGCCACACCACUGGGUAGGUUAUGCAAACGUCACUACAGUCCGAGAGAUAUCUCUGAACCAAGCAUAUCCCCACCUGCUACGACUACUGGGAUGCAAUGUAAUGUGCAACUUCUACACUCACCUGCACUUUGCGUACUGAUUUUGAAAUCCGUUAUACUCAUCGUCUAUCAACAGAAUUGCAAUGGUAGAUUCAUCCUUUGGAUGACAAUUCUGAGUUGUUGCUGACACUUUCUUUAAGCUUCCACUGUAUGCUUAUGCGUCGGCCAGGGAGUUGCUGCUGCUCGUUCUACCCUGCAUUACUUGUAAAACAAUAAAAUAUUGUACCUUUUUAAAAGUG